GGAGUUGUGCGAUCAGUGUUCAGCCAGGGCAUCCCCCGCUCUCCUCCCCUCCCUCCCGGGGACCGCCCCGGCAGCUCCGGUGUCCCCGGGGCGGUUCCUGAGCCUCCCCCGCCCGGCUCGGCGCUGAGGCGGCGGCGGAGCGCGGCGGGGCCGCCCCGGCCAUGGAGCGCUACGAGAAGCUGGGUAAGGUCGGGGAGGGCUCCUACGGCGUCGUCUUCAAGUGCCGCAAUAAGGACACGGGACAGAUCGUGGCCAUCAAGAAGUUCCUGGAGUCCGAGGAAGAUCCGUUGAUCCGGAAGAUCGCCCUGAGGGAGAUCCGAAUGCUGAAGCAACUCAAACACCCCAACCUGGUGAACCUGCUGGAGGUGUUCAGGAGGAAGAGGAGGCUGCACCUGGUGUUCGAGUACUGCGACCACACGGUGCUGCAUGAGCUGGACAAGCACCCCCGAGGGGUGCCAGAGUAUCUGGUGAAGAGCAUAACCUGGCAGACCCUGCAGGCUGUGAACUUCUGCCACAAACACAAUUGCAUCCACCGGGAUGUAAAGCCRGAAAACAUCCUGAUAACAAAGCACUCGGUCAUCAAACUUUGUGACUUUGGAUUUGCUCGAAUACUGACUGGUCCCAGUGACUACUACACCGACUAYGUGGCCACCAGGUGGUACCGGGCCCCGGAGCUGCUGGUGGGGGACACCCAGUACGGCCCCCCCGUGGAUGUGUGGGCCAUCGGCUGCGUCUUUGCCGAGCUGCUCUCCGGGGUGCCCCUGUGGCCGGGCAGGUCGGACGUGGACCAGCUGUACCUCAUCCGCAGAACCCUGGGAGAUCUCAUUCCCAGGCACCAGCAAGUGUUCAGCACCAACCAGUUCUUCAGUGGGGUAAGAAUUCCUGACCCAGAGAGCAUGGAACCAUUGGAAAUGAAAUUCCCCAAUAUUUCAUACUCUGCUCUGUCUCUCAUGAAGGUCUGCCUUCGGAUGGAUCCCGCAGAGAGACAGACCUGUGAGCAGCUGCUGCAGCACCCCUAUUUUGACAGCUUCAGGGAGGCAGCAGAGCUGGGAAAAGAAUAUGAAAAAACUGCUCGGAAAGCAGGCAGGCUGCCUCGGAAGCACUUGCCAGGGUUACAGCACCUGCCCCAGCUGACCAGCAGCAACAUUCUCCCAGCUUUGGACAGCAAGAAGAACUGCUGCAAGACAAAGAAAUCAAAGUACCACUUCCCAAACAUCUGAUCAGGUGACAGAUCACAACUCAGUUGUUCAAAGUCAUCCAGGAUUUAUAAAUGGAGGAUACACAGUGGAAAACUAAACCACUAAAAGUUAUGACAUGGACGGAGUGGUCUGUCCUCUCCUCUGGGUCACUGAUGGAGGGGAAAUGAUGCAGAAGGAACUCCAAGUUCAUCCUAAUGCUCUGUGUAUAAAGACAAAUACAUUUUGCUUUAAUUACUGAUUGCCUCCUGGUUCAGGAUUACCCCACCCCAGUGCUUACAGUGUGAAAUUUAAAACUCUGACCCGUCUGUCCCCUGCAUUUCAGACUUGGAGGAGAGCUGCACUUUGCCAAAUGCAUUGGUCCCUCCUGCUUYAGCCUGGGCCCGAGCCCCUGCUCUGUGAGGAGCUGUAACUGUGCUGCUGAAGGGGUGGGAGCUGUGCUGGUGCAGCCCAGGCUGAGGGAGUUCUCAGCUCUCAGCUCCAGAGACACCUGGCUCACUGCUGCAUUUACAGAGCACAAAGGUUUCAAAGUWCUGGCGGUGACUUCACAGGCUCAACAGGCACCACUCCCAGAACAGAGCCACAAUAACCCUGUUGUUUCUUUAGUCUUUUCAGAUCUCCUCCUGCAAGUUUCAUCCUUGAAUUUUGUUUUUGACAAGAGUGAGGGCACUUGCUUGAAGUCACAAAAAUGUUUUUAGCAAAACUAAUCAUGAAUAUAAUUUAUAACAUUGGCCAGACACAGGCAGGAAUCCUACCUAAGUGUUUGUGUUAGAUCGACUCGGGUUUGUGAAAUCUCAGAAUGCAAUACUUUUGAUUUUGAAUAAAAGAAAUGUAGCUUCUUUUUCCAAUUUACUGGAGGUCUUUUAUUAUACAAAGUUUUACUGCUGGGCAAGGAACAUCCUCUUYUUACUUGACACUUACAGCAAAUAUGUUUUCCCAGUACAUUUUGUGUUCCACACAGUAAAAGCCCUUUC